UCCCCGCAGCCCCCGCAGUCCCCUCAGGACGGUGGGGUCGAGGAGGGAGGAGGAAGCAGGACGCAGGGCCAGAGGCCCGCAAAGGGACCCUCGCUCGGCCAGGAGCUGCUCUCGGCCCCUCCCCCACACCAGACCCAGAUGGAACCCCCUGCCGCUGAGUGGGAGAUGGUCCCGCCUCCGGGGAACCCUCGCCUGCGUCACAAAGGAGGCCCGGAAGCCUCAGUGGAACCCCACCUGAAGCCACUGCUCUCCGGCCUUGGGAGCCCUCCCACCUGGCCCCAGCUCACGGGAGCUCUAGGCCAGCCCGACCCAGCCUUCUGAGACCUGCCCGUGGGACGCGGCCGCCCCCGAGUGACCUGAAGAGACUUGGCGAUGGGGAAGCCCGAGAGCCCGGUAGGGAUGGUGGAGAUUGCCGGCUGGUCGGGACAGAAGCGCCCGGGCCUCCUGGAGGGGGUGCUGCUGCUGCUGCUGCUGCUGCUGAGUGUCGCCCUGGUGGCCCUGGGCCUCCUCUACGCCGCCCGCGGCGGAGGGAAGCAGCCGCCGCCCUUUCCUAGCCGGCUGUGCUUCUCAGAGGACGAGAAGACCCUUGUAAGACGAAAACCCCGAGCCAUCCAACGGCCCCAGGUGAUGGGUGAAAUCUGCACCACCCCUGGCUGCGUGAUAGCAGCCGCCAGGAUCCUCCGGAACAUGGACCCGUCCGGGGAACCGUGUGACGACUUCUACCAGUACGCGUGCGGAGGCUGGCUGCAGCAUCACGUGAUCCCCGAGACCAACUCCCGGUACAGCGUCUUUGACGUCCUUCGAGACGAGCUGGAGAUCAUCCUCAAAGGAGUGCUGGAGAACUCCACCGCCAAGGACAGGCCGGCUGUGCAGAAAGCCAAGAUGCUGUACCGCUCCUGCAUGAACGAGAGCGUGAUAGAAAAACGAGACUCGCAGCCCCUGCUGAACAUCUUGGAUCUGAUGGGCGGCUGGCCGGUGGCCAUGGACAAGUGGAACGAGAGCGUAGGCGCGUCCUCAUCGACCUGUUCAUCUGGAACGACGACCAGAACUCCAGCCGGCACAUCAUCUACGUACGAGCCGCGCCGGGGGGCCGGGAUAGACCAGCCCACCUUGGGCAUGCCGUCCCGAGAAUACUAUUUCGACGAAGGCAACAACCACAAGGUGCGGGAAGCAUACCUGCAGUUCAUGGUGUCGGUGGCCGCGAUGCUGCGGGCGGACAUGAACCUCCCCGAGAACGGCUACCUGGUGCGGGAGGACAUGGCGCAGGUGCUGGAGCUCGAGACGCAGCUGGCAAACGCCACGGCCCCGCAGGAGGAGAGGCAUGACGUCACCAGUCUGUACCACAGGAUGGGCCUGGAGGAGCUCCAGAACAAGUUUGGCCUGAAGGGGUUUAACUGGACCCUCUUCAUACAAUCUGUGCUGUCCUCUGUCAAAAUCAAACUGCUGCCAGAUGAGGAAGUCGUGGUGUAUGGCAUCCCCUACCUCCGGAACCUCGAAGACAUCAUCGAUGUCUACUCAGCCAGGACCAUGCAGAACUACCUGGCCUGGCGCCUGGUGCUGGACCGCAUUAGUAGCCUGAGCCAGCGAUUCAAGGAUGCGCGAGCUAACUACCGUAAGGUGCUCUACGGCACGACCGUGGAGGAGGUGCGCUGGCGAGAAUGCGUCAGCUACGUCAACAGCAACAUGGAGAGCGCCGUGGGCUCCCUCUACGUCAGGGAGGCCUUUCCCAGAGACAGCAAGGAUGCGGUCAGAGAGCUCAUUGACAAGGUGCGGGCGGUGUUCGUGGAGACCCUGGAUGAGCUGGGCUGGAUGGACGAGGCAUCCAAGGAGAAGGCCCAGGAGAAGGCCAUGAGCAUCCGGGAGCAGAUCGGGUACCCAGACUACAUCCUGGAGGAGAGGAACAAGCACCUGGACGAGGAGUAUUCCAACCUGAACUUCUCGGAGGACCAGUACUUUGAAAACGGUCUUCAGAACCUCAAGGCUGGUGCCCAGCGGAGCCUCAAGAAGCUUCGGGAGAAAGUGGACCAGAACCUCUGGAUCAUCGGGGCGGCCGUGGUUAACGCAUUCUACUCCCCAAACCGAAACCAGAUAGUAUUCCCCGCUGGGAUCCUGCAGCCCCCCUUCUUCAGCAAGGAGCAGCCACAGGCCUUGAACUUCGGGGGCAUUGGGAUGGUGAUCGGGCAUGAGAUCACUCACGGCUUUGACGACAACGGCCGGAACUUCGACAAGAACGGCAACAUGCUCGAUUGGUGGACCAACUUCUCAGCACAGCACUUCCAGGAGCAGUCGGAGUGCAUGGUCCACCAGUACGGGAACUACUCCUGGGACCUGGCCGACCACCAAAACGUGAACGGGUUCAGCACCCUCGGGGAAAACAUCGCUGACAACGGAGGAGUGCGGCAGGCAUAUAAGGCUUACCUAAAGUGGAUGGCAGACGGUGGCAAGGAUAAGCAGCUGCCAGGGCUGGAACUGACCUACGACCAGCUUUUCUUCAUCAACUAUGCCCAGGUGUGGUGCGGGUCUUACCGGCCUGAGUUCGCCGUACAGUCUAUCAAGACCGACGUCCACAGCCCCCUGAAGUACAGGGUGCUGGGCUCGCUGCAGAACCUGGCGGCUUUCGCGGACGCCUUCCACUGUGCCCAGGGCACCCGCAUGCACCCGCGGGAGCGAUGCCGCGUCUGGUAGCCGUCGCCGGCCGCACUGUGGCCACGCCCACCCGCCGCGGCAGGCCAGGCAGCCCUCGCACGUGCAGCUGGAGCCACGGGCAAGGCCAAGGCGCACACGCUGCCGGCCCCGCGCGGGGCCUGGAGCGCAGCCGCGGCCCCAGCACCCAGGGCAAGCGGUGACUGCCCGGCGCCCUCCGUGCCUGCGGUGAGGGGCACGGUGCCCCAGCCCUGUAGACGCGUUUACCUGUCUGCACCCUCUCCAAACAUCCCAGUCAGCUGUCCAUGAGCUUCAGACUUGAGCUAAGUAAACGCUUCAAAGAAGCCA